UCUUUGCUAAAAUCUUUGACCAACUUAUUGAAAAAAGAAAGUGUUUAGAGCUUUUUCUUUCUUUCUUCACUGAAUGUCCAUUGAACACAUUCCAAAAUACUUGAAUCCCAAUUCAUCUCCUCUCUCUCUAUCCUUUCGCGAAAUCUCAUUUGUUCUGAAAUCCUACUAUUUUGUUAAGAGGAAUUUGAUUUGUUGAUCGCGCGAUUAGGGUUUUAAGGAGAAAUGAUGAAAGCUUCGUUAGGGAGGUUAAGGAGAUUCGCAUUGCCUAAGGUAGAUGCGAUUGAUAUUGGGGAGAUCUUCCACACGCCACAGAUUGAUGGGCUUGCUCGAGCUGCCAAGGAUAUGCAAGAAAUGAGAGAGAGUUAUGAUAGGUUACUCUCUGUUGCUGCUGCCACUGCUAAUAGCGCUUAUGAGUUCUCUGAAUCAUUGGGGGAGAUGGGUUCAUGCUUGGAGCAAAUCUCUCCUCAUAAUGAUGAAGAAAGUGGUAGAAUUUUGCUCAAGUUGGGUCAAGUUCAGUUUGAGCUUCAGAAACUCGUCGACACUUAUCGUUCUCAAAUAUUCAAGACCAUUACAAAACCUUCAGAGUCACUUCUCAAUGAGCUUAGAACCGUCGAGGAUAUGAAGCAACAAUGUGAAGAAAAGAGAGACGUCGUUAAGCACAUGAUGAAAGACAAGGUACACAUUAAAGGCGGUAAAGGGGAGAGACUUGUUCGGAGACAGUUGGAGACUGCUCGUGAUGAGCUACAAGACGAAGCCACUUUGUGCAUUUUCCGAUUGAAAUCUCUCAAGGAAGGACAAGCUCGAAGUCUCCUCACACAAGCAGCCCGCCACCACACUGCUCAGAUGCAUAUGUUCUUGGCUGGUCUAAAAUCGCUUGAGGCAGGAGAGCAACAAGUGAGAAUUGCUGCAAAGAGACAACACAUCGACUGUGAGCUCUCUGAUGACGGGAACGAAAUAGAAUGUAGCGAGGAUGAUAAUGAUGAUGAUGACAGACAUGUUAACAGAGAUGGAGAACUCAGUUUUGAAUACAUAACAAGUGGGCAGCGAGUAGAAGCUCUACCUACACCGCAAGGAUCUAUGAAGAUUGAUGACACAGAUCUGUCGUUUCCACGCCCUUCACCAUCAGGAUCAGCAACAGUAAAUGCAGAUCAUAGAGAAGAGAACUCAACAUACCGAGAUCGCAGAAGGAGCAGCCAUUCAGCACCUUUGUUCUCGGUUAAGCAGACAAGGCAGAUGACUCCGUCUGCAAAUGCUUACGUAUUACCAACUCCGGUCGAUUCAAAGUCCUUCACAAAACCGGUCACCAAAACAAACCACAGCGCACACUUGUGGCAUUCGUCUCCGCUUGAACCAAUAAAACCCGUUCAUAAAGAUGUGGAAAGCAACCUCUAUUCCCGUCUUCCUCGUCCUUCAGAAACUCCUCAGCAAGAAGCUGCACCAAGACACGCGUUUUCUGGACCGAUCAAACCAUCAUCAACCCGUCUUCCAGUUCCGGCUCAGACCCACCAGUCAUCUCCUCCAAGGAUGUCUCCUACCGCUUCACCUCCGCUUGCUUCUUCUCCACGGAUCAACGAACUCCAUGAGCUUCCAAGACCACCGGGUCAGCUAGCACCGCCACCACGACGCUCGAUAUCUCCUGGUCUGACUGGUCACUCAGCUCCUAUAACCACUUGGAAUCAAGAAAGAAGUAGUGCGGUUGUGUCUGCAAACAUUGUAGCGUCACCACUUCCGGUUCCACCUUUGGUUGUACCAAGGAGCUACUCCAUACCUUCAAGAGACCAAAGAGGAGGCAUGGGUCAACAACAACACUUACCCGAAACGAAUCAGAACAGGGUAGUGUCUCCACCGCCUCUUCCGCUAACUCCAGCGUCUCUGAUGAAUCUGCGAUCCCUGUCUCGUUCUCGAGUCGGGGAAGUUGCUCACAGCGGUCAAAUAAGAGGGGUAAAACUGAUUGAACGAUGAAGCUGUACAGGGGCGUGGCGUUUGAUAAAAACGUUGGGUUGUUAAGACUAGAGACAGAAAGAGGAGGCAUAAGUAAAUAUAGAAGUCAGAUAUUUUUGUAAUUAUUUAGUUUUUGAAUCUCCUAAUUUGUCACCUUAGACCGUUUUUUGUUUUUCCCUU